AAUCGAAAAUUUGAUCGAACGAGUUUACCAAUUUUCUUCACCAUGUGUUCAAUCAAUAAUAAAGAAAAUAAUUAUCUGGUUGAUUAAUAUUCUGUGCGGAAUUUGCUUAAUUUAUUUAGUUAAUUGUGAGUUUAUUUUGUUCAUUAUGCUUUCAUCUUCUAUUCGUGGCCAUGUUUGUUCAAUUAAACCGUUGAUUAGAUUGUCAAUCGCUGCUGCCGGUGGAGAUUCUGGUGCCAGGCCGAUAAUUAAGAUUCUUGAUUCAGAGGGAAAUCCUUAUUAUCCUGUUCCCGAAAUUUCAUCGGAAAAGGUUCCCCGUAAGGUAAUUGAAUCUUUUGAUAAAAAGAGAUUCAAUCCAAAAUCUUAUGCCACUUAUAUAAAACAUUUGUCAAUGAAAGAUGCCAAGAGUUGUCGUUUUGAUAAUAGAUUUACCUAUGUGAAUAUUUCUCAUGAUCAUCCUGAUUUUGUCCGAGCAAAAUUGAUUAUCCGUGGAUUAACUGGUGAAAGGAAAUCUUUUAUUGCUCUGGAAGGUAAAAAUAUUGUCCGUGAUGGUCUACAGUGUGGAUUAAAGCUCGAUAAACUUUUCUUCACCAAGGAAUCAAUCCUACAAGGUAUACCCGAAUUAGAAACUCUGUUAACCGCUGCUUACAUGGGUGAAUAUAAAGAUCAUGGACCAGUUUUGAUUAAAGUAACACCGAAUAUGAUGAACAGAUUGUCAGAUGUUCAAACACCACCAGGAAUCAUUGGUCUAUUUGCUAAGCCAACAAGUAGUUCAGAAAGUUCUGCUACCCGAAAUUGUGGUAUUCCGGUUACUCUGAUUGGUGAUAAUAUUCGUGAUCCUGGUAACAUGGGAACUCUAAUCAGAUCUUCGGCUUCCAUUGGUGUGGAGAGAAUCAUUUGUACCAGCACUGCCAAUCCAUGGGAAUCUAAAGUUGUCCGAUCAGGAGCUGGAGCUCAUUUUCGUUGUAAUCUAAUUACCGAUUUCGAAUGGUCAACUUUACCCACUUUGUUACCACCCAAAGAUUCAACUUUAAUUUUCGCCGAGAAAACAAAAUCCCAAACAAAUGAACUUACCUCAUCUUCAACUCUUUCGAGUAAAAAUUAUUUUGAUCUUGAUUAUCCUCAAUUCAUUGAUUCGGAUAAAAAAUUGGCUGUUAUCAUUGGAGGGGAAACUGAAGGCAUUAGCGAUGAAGCUUUAGCUUUAACUAAUCUCUAUCAAAGAUCAUAUAAAGUUAAUAUUCCCAUUUUGAAGGGAAUUGAUAGUCUUAACUCAGCAAUUGCUGGAUCAAUUAUACUAUUUGAAAUUCAAAGACAAAUAAUUAAAGGAAUUGCAAAAUAAUUAAUGGAAAAUUUAUUAAAGUUUAUAAACCUAA